AUGCUACGCAAGUCGCUUGCUACAUUACCGCCGACGCUCGAUCAAACCUACGACCAAAUCCUCACCGCUAUAGGAGAAGAGGACUGCGUUUACGCGGUGCGCAUGCUACAGUGGCUAACCUUUUCUCUGAGGCCCCUUACUGUUGAAGAACUGGCCGAAAUUAUCGCUAUCGAUGUUGGGCGUACUCCAGCCUUCGACCGCGAUGAAGUGCUCGCAGAUCCGUCAGAAGUCUUGGAAAUUUGCUCCAGCUUAGUCACAGUGGUGAUGCAGAGAAAGGAUAACACGUCACCGGUGCACUACGACCGUACUGUUAAGUUAGCACACUACUCAGUUCAAGAGUACCUUGUUUCGGAGAGAAUCAAACAAGGGCCAGCAAAUCAGUACAGCAUGAGCGAGACCGCAUGUCACGAAGUAAUCACAAGAGGCUGUUUGCAGUACCUAAAUCAGCUUCGGCGGCCGACAAAAUGGGCACACAUUGAGGCUCCAGCGCUCGCACAGUACGCAACGAAGUACUGGAGUCAACACUUUCAACAAAUAGGAGACGAGAAGGAAGAAGUGAUCAGACUAGUGACGAGUUUACUGUCGGCUGGGAAUCCCGCAUAUGAGAACUGGGUUAUACGUUACGACGACGACUAUCAUUCUCUCGAAUCUGAAAUAAAGGGCAGAGGUAAGGAGGUAGCGCCACCCCUUUACUACGCAGCACUUUUGGGUUCGGAAACUCUCACAAAGCUGCUCCUGGACCAGGGCGUCGAUGUCAACGCUCGAGGUGGAAAAUGGGGCAACGCGCUACAUGCAGCUCUAGCUGAAGGACACCGCCGUGCAUGUCUAGCGAAAAAGGAGUUCUAUACAGAUCUUGCUGAAGGACACUUCGCAGUGGUUGAAUUACUUGUGAAAGCAAAGGCCGACGUCAACUCUUGGGAUAAAGAUGGCCGCAGUGCAAUACAGAUGGCCUCAUUCCACGGUUGCCACGCAGCAGUCAGACUGUUGAUACGGGCGGGCGCGGAUGUGAACGCUUCAGGCAACAGAUUUCAUGGUAACGCACUCGAAGCAGCUGCAGGAAUGGGCAGUACGGCAAUGGUCAGAAUGUUGAUAGAAGCGGGCGCGGAUGUGAACCCUCCAAGCGCCGGGUUCGAAGGUGAUCCACUCGAGCAAGCUUCAGGACAAGGCAAUGUGGCAGUAGUCAGGUUGCUGAUCAAGGAGGGCGCCAAAGUCAACCCACACAACACAGAACAGAAUGCCCUAGAAAGAGCUUCGCGGGGGGCCCAGGACGCAGUGGUCAAGGUGCUGCUUGUCGAGGGCGCCAGGAUCAACGUCCAGGGCAAGGUGUUGGAUGACGCGCUACUAACCGCGUUUCGUUAUCAUCGAGGCCGAAAAACGACAAUUAUGCUGUUGGUAGAAGGAGGUGCCAAUGUUGGUCCGGACAAGGAUUUCAAAGGCGCCCUGCACCAUGUUAUCAACGACCCAAGCUGUAAGCCGUCAAUUGUCGAGCUGUUGAGGCACUACGGCGCUCCGUUAGACACUAUCGACAGCGACAACAUGACUCCGCUACUUUAUUCUGUAAAGUGGGAGCUCGAGGUCAUUGCGUUGCAACUUUUGAACGCAGGUGUACAGAUUGAUUCCAGAGUCCGUCGGUAUUCACUUGGCAGCAGAGUUGGCCAAACAGGAAGCGCUCGACUAGAUGCUGCAUCUGCAGUUCCGCCAUCCGUCGCAAUCGGCCUCACCCCCCUGCAUUUCGCUGCUUUGAUAGGAAGUUCCAUAAUGACGAGUUUCCUGCUUAAGCAUGGCGCCGACCCCAAUGCUCUUUCUGAGCACGGUGAGACCCCUCUACAUCUUGCACUGCGUAGGACGAUACUCGGGAAAGAGUGUAAAGAUGCUUGGGAUACAGUCUAUCCUUGGAUGAAUCCUGCGACCGAGGAAGUACUAGAUGCACUACUGGCGGACCAUAGGGUUUCCGUCACCGCAGUUGACGACAAAGGUGAAGGUCCUCUACACUGCAUUCGCUAUGGCAAACCGGGAAGCGCGACCCUCGUCCAAAGACUGGUAUCGAAAGGAGCAGACCCAUCGUCCGCCAAUCUAAGCCAGAAAGGCCCAUUAAAUCUCGCCAUCCAAGCUGGCGAUUACGAAGCAGUCAAAGCCUUACUCGACGUGGGUGCGAGUGUGUCAUGGACUGGCGAAGACGGCCUCAACGCACUCCACUACGCUGCUCAAACCAGGAGCGACAAGAUCAUAAUGGCUGUUCUCGAGAGUGAACAGGCUAGAGCAGUCACAUUGGCGACAUCAAAAGACAGGAUGGGGCAGAAUGCACUCCAUCACAUAUUGUGGACGAGACAAAAAACGCCGGCUGUACAAGUCCAGACGGUAGAGUGGCUACUCGAACAAGGAGCCAGUGGCUCCGAGCCUGAUAAUUCUGGCAUGUCACCACUAGCGAGAUACAUCGAAAGUACGCCUGGGUUCUGCAUACAGAUCUUCAAGACACUCCUCAAGAUCAAAGGCAACGCGUCAUCCGUCAGUCAAGAUGGGCAGACCCUUGGGCACCUGUGCGCUAGGACUUGCGGGCUUGGGUUGUUUAUACUGCAAAUCCUGCAUGAGCACGGUGUCGACCUGGCAAGAAAGGACUGGAACGGAAGGACAGUACUACACUAUGGGGCUAUGAAGGGCAGUCUUACUGAACAGUCAUUCGACUUCCUUGUUAACGUUACCGGUAUCCGGCCAGCUGACGAAGACAUAUAUGGUCGCACCGCUCUGCAGUAUGCCACCGAAGCUGUAACUAAAGAGCGUUUUGUCUUUGACUCGACCCCCAAAAAGGCGAGAGACAUCUUGUUGAGAUAUCAGGCUGACAAUAUCGAAGAGCGUAGUGCCGGAGUUCUAGAGGGCGGUGUUAGCUGA